AAUGAACCGCACGCUCGCCCUCAUUCCUUCCCAUCAUGCAGCGCUCUCGCCUGCUCCUGUCGAGCCGCCAUGUUGUCGGAGUGAAAGCCUGGGAAUCGGAAAGAAACUGGGGCUGAAAUCCGCGACCAUCCACCCUCUCCGCCGGCUGUGGUGGAAUGAGCAGUGUGUGUGUGUUGAAGAGGAAAGCAGUGCUCUGGCAGGAUUCGUUCAGCCCCCACCUCAGAACUACAUCUCCCAGCAUGCCCGUGGUGCUGAGCAGCGGAGGACACGCCCCUCCAACCGGGCAGACCCCUCAGGUCCCACCCCCCAGCCAGCAGGGUGUGGCGGGUGCAGGACGUUCCCAGGAUGAUGCCAUGGUAGACUACUUCUUCCAGCGGCAGCAUGGCGAGCAGCCCGGCAAACACCGCUGGCCUACUGGAGACAACAUCCAUGACAGCCAGGUGCGGUCCAUGGAUGAGCUCAACCAUGACUUCCAGGCCUUGGCUUUAGAGGGGCGUGCCAUGGGAGAGCAGCUGCUAACAGGGAAGAAGUUCUGGGAGACCGAUGACUCUGGGAAGGAUGGACCAAAGGGGAUCUUUCUGGACCAGUGGAGGGACAGCGCAUGGGGGGCCUCAGAUCACUCUGUAUCUCAGCCAAUCAUGGUGUCCCGUCGGCCAGGACAGGGUUUCCACAGUGGUGGGGAAGUUGGGGUGGGUUCAGUGAUGUCACCGCGAUCAGAAAGUGGUGGGCUAGGAGUUAGCAUGGUGGAGUAUGUCCUCUCCUCCUCGCCAGCGGACAAACUGGACUCCUGCCUCCGCAAAGGGCCCUACGGUCAGAGGGAUGGAGAGGUGGAGGAGGAGAAGAGGGAGAAGCCAAAGGCAGCGUUUGAGGGAGAGAAACUGAAAGAGUUGACAGAGGGUGAAACUGACGUCAUCAGUGAUGUCAUCAACCCCAAUGGGCUGCCCGUGCAGAAUGGCCUUGAUGUGGAUGUCAAAGAAUUUGGUCGUCCCCCUGGCAACAUGCCGGCCCCAGUCCCCGAGGGAGACCUGCUUGGGGGUCCCGGGGGUGUUGGGGCAGAGGGUCUGACACCCCUGGGAGGUGGUGGAGGCCCCAAGCCCCCUGAGGAUUUCUCUGGUGUGGAGCAGGGCGGUGUCACCAUGGACCCCAUGGAGUCUGUGAUGGAGCCACUUCAGUUUGACUACAACUCCCAGAUGCCCAUGGACUCUGCACCCACUGUGGGGCUGUUUGACUACACCAACCAGCAGCAGCUGUUUCAGAGGAACAGUGCCCUGGCAGUGCAGCAGCUGACAGCAGCCCAGCAGCAGCAGUACGCUCUGGCAGCAGCACAGCAGCCUCACAUUGGUCUAGCCCCAGCAUUUGUGCCCAAUCCUUACAUCAUCAGUGCCGCCCCACCAGGGACAGACCCGUACGCCGCCGGACUGGCAGCCGCAGCUACCCUCGGUCCAGCAGUGAUGCCUCCCCAAUACUACGGUGUGACUCCCUGGGGUGUCUACCCUGCCAACCUCUUCCAGCAGCAGGCCGCUGCAGCCAACAGCUCAGCCAAUCAGCAGGCAGCAGGCCAGGGCCAGCAGAACCAGCAGCAGGUGAUGCGUGCUGGAGGAAGCCAGCGACCUUUGACCCCCAGCCAGGGUCAGCAGGGUCAGCAGAAUGAUCAGCUGGUUGCAGCUGCAGCAGUCAACUCAGCCCUUGCCUUUGGGCAGGGUCUGGCAGCCGGCGUGCCUGGCUACCCAGUCCUGGCCCCAGCAGCCUACUAUGACCAGACAGGGGCCUUGGUAGUCAACACUGGGGCUAGGAGUGGCCCUGUCCGCCUCAUGGCCCCUGCCUCUGUCAUCAUAUCUCCUUCUGCAGCACAAGCAGUUGCAGCGGCAGCAGCAUCAGCAGGCGGUGCCAAUGGCGGUCUGGGGGGCGGGGCCAACGGUCCGUUCCGUGCCAUGACGUCCCAGCAGCCUCAGCAACAGGGUGGCCCUGGCGGCGCAUUGGGAGGCAGCUCUUUCUAUGGCUCCUCCUCCCUCAGCUCCUCCUCCCAGAGUUCCUCCCUUUUCUCACAGGGCUCCGCCCAGCCGGGACCAGGCUCCGCCUCCUUAGGCUUUAGCCAGCAAGCCUCUUCCUCCCUUGGAGCCACACUGGGGGCCACGCUGGGAGGCUUUGGCACUGCAGUGGCUAACUCCAGUGGUGGCAGUGGCUCCAGGCGGGACUCGCUGACAGGCAACAACGAGCUGUACAAACGCACACCCUCCAGCCUUACCCCGAUUGGCCAUGGAGGCUUCUACAACGGCACCUUGGGCUUCAGCCCUUCCCCUGGCCCCGUGGGCAUGCCCCUCCCCAACCAGGGCCCCUCCCACUCCCUCACUCCCCCGCCCUCCCUGUCCAAUCACAGCUCCUCGUCCAACCUCAAUCUUGGGGGCCUGACCAAUGGCAGUGGCCGUUUCAUCUCUGCAGCUCCUGGAGCAGAGGCAAAAUACCGCAGCGCUGCCAGCUCGGGGUCCUCCCUCUUUUCUCCCAGCAGCCAGCUGUUUCCCUCCUCAAGGCUACGCUAUGGCAUGUCGGACGUGAUGCCAUCAGGCCGCAGCCGCCUGCUGGAGGACUUCAGGAACAACCGCUACCCCAACCUGCAGCUCAGAGACAUCGCCGGCCACAUCAUGGAGUUCAGCCAGGACCAGCAUGGCAGCAGGUUUAUCCAGUUGAAGCUGGAGCGAGCCAGUUCAGCAGAGCGCCAGUUGGUCUUCAGUGAGAUCCUGCAGGCAGCCUACCAGCUCAUGGUGGACGUCUUUGGCAACUAUGUCAUCCAGAAGUUCUUUGAGUUUGGUAGCCUAGACCAGAAGCUGGCUCUGGCGGAGAGGAUCCGAGGCCAUGUGUUGUCUCUGGCCCUGCAGAUGUACGGCUGCAGGGUCAUUCAGAAAGCUCUGGAGUUCAUCCCCUCUGAACAGCAGGUCAUUAGUGAGAUGGUGCGGGAGUUGGAUGGCCAUGUGUUGAAGUGUGUGAAGGAUCAGAAUGGGAACCACGUGGUGCAGAAGUGCAUUGAGUGUGUCCAACCGCAUGCCCUGCACUUCAUCAUAGACGCCUUCAAGGGACAGGUCUUUGCCCUCUCCACCCAUCCCUACGGCUGCCGAGUCAUCCAGCGCAUUCUUGAACACUGCCUUCCAGAGCAGACGCUGCCUAUACUAGAGGAACUCCAUCAACACACAGAGCAACUGGUGCAGGACCAGUACGGAAACUAUGUGAUCCAGCACGUUUUGGAGCAUGGCCGAGCUGAGGAUAAGAGUAAGAUAGUGGCUGAGAUUAGAGGAAAUGUACUGGGCCUCAGCCAGCACAAGUUUGCCAGUAACGUGGUGGAGAAGUGUGUGACCCAUGCGUCACGGGCAGAGCGGGCGGUGCUGAUAGACGAGGUGUGCAGCCUGACUGAGGGCCCCCACAGUGCCUUAUACACCAUGAUGAAGGACCAGUAUGCCAACUACGUGGUACAGAAGAUGAUCGACGUGGCUGAGCCCACCCAGCGCAAGAUCGUCAUGCACAAGAUCCGGCCUCACAUUUCCACCCUGAGGAAGUACACGUACGGCAAACACAUCCUGGCCAAGCUGGAGAAGUACUACAUGAAGAACGGUGUUGACCUGGGCCCUCUCUGUGGGCCCCCUAACGGCAUCAUGUAAACUUGCACCCCGACCCCUCCACCCUGCCAUCAUGUUGACUUACCCAUAUUCCCCAACCUGUCGCCCCAUACCUUACCCUCCCAAAAUGCGAUCAAGUCUACUAGCCCUGCCCUCCUGUCCCUGUCCGGUCUCGGAAGGUGUCCAUUCCCUGAACCCUGCCUGCUGCAGGCAUCGAGUACCCCCUUUGUACCCCCAUUCCCACGACCUCCCCCUUGGAGGAGCCUGUUGCUACGGGCAGCCUUAGUUUAGUAUUUGUCGCCCCUCCCCCGCCUGAGCCCAGGCCCGCUGAGCUGGAGGAGGGAGAAGGGUAGGAGGGCAGGGAGAAGAGAGAGAUGAGACUUGUUCCACUCAUUGCUCUGCUCUCUCCCUUCUUUUUUUUGUUUUUUUUCUCAGUUUCUUCUUCGUUGUUUCAGAUAAACUAGAAAUCAUUUCACUUUUUGCUACUGCUGCACACACACACAUAUACAGUCCCAGCGCCCCGCCCUCCCCCCAUCCUAGCUAUUUACCACUAUGAGAUGGAGCGAAUAUUUAAUUUGUCUGAAGUCACAGAAUCAUAGACAAACACACGCCAUUGGCUAACCAGCAGACAGAUCAUUUAGCAUGGGAGAUUCGUUUUCUGGUCUUGCUUCUAUAAAUAUAACGUGUAUACUUGGUGUAGACCUUUGCAUAUAUAUAUAAAUAUAUAUAUAAAACUUUGUAGUUUUUCUGGUUUUUGAUGUUGAAUCUGUAUCUAUAAUGUAUCCUAGUAGUGACCACAUACUUCUGACUGUAUAAUUGUACAUUUGUAAACCCUUGUAAUGUAAAAGUGCUUUACCACCCUUUUUGGUAUGAGAAGAAAAGGAUUAAAAAAAAAUCUCACUCUGGAAAAAAAAAAUCUUAGAAAAAAAACCUGUGCAUUUCAGUGUAUAUUCUCACCUCCUUGGUUGUGACAUAUGAGUUGUUGUAUAUUGUAAAUUGUAAUAUCAAAUUUUUGUUUUGAAAAGCCCUUUCUAUACAGCGUAGUACUUGUACAAAGAUCUGCCACGCUUGGUUUUAUCUUUAUCUUGUCACUGCUUAAAUUAAGAGACGUCAAUCUCCCACUGACUCCCAAUAGGACACAUUCUGUUAGACUUGGUGUUUUCUGGUUUACGUUGAAGGCUUCAUUUUUUUUUUCCCUUUUUUUUUUUUUUUUUUUUUAAAAGAUCUUUUUAUAGGAAUGCUUUCCCCACUCAUGAAAUGUGUCAUGUGUAUGGGGGGCUGGCUGGCUGGGAGAAAUAAUGUUUACCCCUGAAUCCCCCUCCACCACCCUCUAGUUACCCAUGACUAUUUUCAGAGGGGUAAAACCCGUGGAUUGUACAGAGGAGAUUCUUGUGUUUUUGGCAUUUCUCUAGUGCUGUAAGUGCUGUAUCAUACUGUCCAUGUCCUUUUGGGUGAGAGAGGCAGCCCGCCACGGUGCGGUGUACAUUUGGAGCAGCCUUGUGUAUAUUUACUACGAGCACACCUGUAACCAUAUGUGUAUAGUUAACAGAACCUGUGUAUGCUUAUUGCCUGGGCAACUAUUUUUUGUAACUCCUGUUGUAGAUUGUCUCUAAACAAUUGUGUGAUCUUUAUUUUGAAACAAAACUGAACAAAAAAAACUUUCAAAAUUUCA